AUGUCCCACCAAGAGGGUGCCACAGGUGGCCUACCAGACUUAGAAGACAGAAGCCUUCUUGGCAGCCACGAGGAGAGAUCUGGAGAAAUGGCGGGGAGGGAAGCAUGCUUAGACAAUGAAAUGGAGGCCCUGAGUCUGGGAUUGACCAGAGAUGGUGAGGGUCCAGAAAUGGUGAUUUCCCCCAGGGAUGCUAGCACAGACACAGAAAGUUCAAUUGAAGACAUUGACAUUGAUGACCUGGAGGACUUUGGCCAUUUCUCUAUGAAUAAUAAAACUGUGUUCCAUCACUACCUAGAGGAAGGGGAGGAGAGAAAGGAGGAAGUAGAGAAGGAGGCAGAGGCAGAGGCAGAGGAGGAGGAGGAGACAGGGGCAGAGGAAGAAGCGGGAGAGGAGCUUCAGGUGUGUGUACAGGGCAGUGAGGCCGACCGUGAGCAACAGACUUCAUCAGAUGAAGAUCAGGCCCUGGAGGAAUGGGUAUCCUCAGAGACAUUGGCCCUGCCCCUACCUCGCUGGCAAGUUGUCACUGCUCUUCAGGAGCGGCAGCGGGGUUCAAGCUCCCGCUUUGCAUAUGGGGCCUGUGGGGCAAGAGCUUUUGUGCAGCGUUUCCACCUGCAGCAUGGUCUUGAAGGUCAUGUCAGUUGUGUGAAUACUGUGCACUUUAACCAGUGUGGCACCUGGCUGGUCAGUAGCAGUGAUGAUCUGAGGGUGAUAAUGUGGGACUGGGUGCACCAGUGGCCAAUACUGGACUUUGAGAGUGGUCACAAAAAUAACGUCUUUCAGGCAAAGUUCCUUCCAUACAGUGGUGAUUCCACCCUAGCCAUGUGUGCCCGUGAUGGACAAGUACGAGUAGCAGAACUAUCUGCUGUCCCAUACUGCAGGAAUACUAACUAUGUAGCGCAGCAUAGGGGAGCCUCCCACAAACUGGCUCUGGAGCCAGACUCCCCUUUUAAGUUCUUAACAUCAGGUGAAGAUGCAGUUGUCUUUACUAUUGACCUCAGACAAGGCAAGCUGGCUUCAAAAGUGGUGAUAAUGAAAGAGAAAGAGAAGAAAAUGGGACUGUAUGCAACCUAUAUGAAUCCUGCCAAUACCUACCAAUUUGCAGUGGGUGGACGAGAUCAGUUUGUAAGAAUUUAUGACCAGAGAAAAAUUAAUGAGAGUGAGAAUAAUGGAGUCUUUAAGAAAUUCUGUCCUCAUCUGAUGAACUGUGACUCCAAAGCAAUCACCUGUGUUGUGUACAGCCACGAUGGCACAGAGCUUCUGGCCAGCUAUAAUGAUGAUGAUAUUUACCUCUUCAAUUCCUCUUACAGUGAUGGUGCUGAAUAUAUUAAGAGAUACAAGGGGCACAGAAAUAAUGCCACAGUCAAAGGUGUCAAUUUCUAUGGCUCUAGGAGUGAGUUUAUAAUGAGCGGUAGUGAUUGUGGGCACAUCUUUCUCUGGGAAAAAAUCAUCCUCUCACUUCAAUUCCUAGAGGGGGACAAGGGAGGUGCAGUAAACUGUCUUGAACCUCAACCUUAUCUACCUGUGAUGGCAACUAGUGGCCUAGACCAUGAUGUCAAGAUCUGGGCACCCAUAGCAAAAGAUUCCACUGAGCUUAUUGGGUUAAAGAAUGUGAUUAAGAAUAACAAGCUGGAAUGAGAUGAAGAUAGCUUGCACCACACCAAUCUGUUUGACAGUCACAUGCUGUGGUUCCUUAUGCAUCACCAGCGGCACUGGGGAGGUCCUGAAGUCGAGGUGUCAGAUGAAGAGCUGUCUGAGUCUUCCAGUACCUCAGAUACAUCGGUGGAGGAAGAGAGCCAAGAUGGAGUGCAGUGCUUGCCGUCCUGA